AUGAGACAUCAUGGCAGCUUGACGAAAGACGAUGAGACGAAUCAGGCGGCAUGGGAGGCGGCUAGAGGUGCGGCUAUCGGAGCAGCGAAGUGGGGUGCUUUUGCUGUGAUAGCUGGUGGUACAGCGUACGCUUUCUCGCCUCUUUACCGUAGUCUUACAGUCCAAUUCAAGGUCUACAUCCAAAUGUCCGGCAUGAUAGUCGGCAGCAUGGUUGAAGCAGACAAACGCAUGGUAGCCUACGAACACCGCGUCAGGCAUCACAAGCGGAUGGCAAGGGAUAUGGAAGUCUGGCGGCGGUAUGAGGAGGACUUUGAGAAGAGGGGCACUCCGGGUGUUGGCGGAGAGGGGAAAGUUAAGGGG